UCGUGCUUAUAGGGUGUGGAGGCCAGCAGCCCUAAGGAAGUAUUCAGAAUUAAUUAUAAUGUCUUCCACCAAACCGUCGAAUGAAAAUGAAACUCCUAAAGAGAGAAUCCCAGGAUUGAGGGGUGUUCGAACAACCACGCUCUUCCGAGCUGUAAACCCAGAGCUCUUCAUUAAACCUAACAAGCCUGUGAUGGCAUUUGGGCUUGUAGGAAUUACCCUCUGCGUGGCCUACCUUGGUUAUUUGCAUGCAACAAUAGAGAAUAAAAAUGACCUCUAUGAAGCAAUUGACAGUGAAGGAUCCAGAUAUAUGCGGAGGAAAACUUCCAAGUGGGACUGAAGAAGGAAGGAAGGAUAUCUGCAAAUCAGGCACAGAGAUUCUCAGUGUAACUACCACUGUUUCCUCUGUCCAUUGAAAUAAUGGGUGUCUCUCUUGCCAUAUAAUCCAAUUCAAGUUCCAUUUUAAAUUUUCCCCUAUAAAAUAAAUUGUAAUUAAGAUAAACAGUAACGUGAUUUUAAGAUUUGCUGCCUGGGACCCUCGUAAGCAUGUUAGUAGAGACACAGUUGACUUUGAUGUGCAAACGAGAGUAGUAAAUGCCACAGAAAUACACUUGGUAGUUCAACUCAGUCCUCUGUUUGAUUAAGGUGAAAGCAAGGGGUUUGUCCUUUAUUUUUUUUAAUACCAGAUGUAUUACAUCAUCUGUGAAAAAGAUAAUCUUUUGUUCUGCUGAAAGUUGACAAUUACAGUUUUGCAAUUGAAAUAUUUUUAAAGGUAAUGUUAGAUUUGGUAGAGAUGUUGCUGAUGCGUUGUAUUUAAUGAAGGAAAUGGUAAAAUA